AUGUGGCCCACUCCCAAGGUCGCCUCGCUGCUUCUCGCGGCGCACUCACUCCUCGUCAGCGGGUCCCCCGUCGACGCGGAGGCCGUAGAUGCCGCAGUCCUCGCCAAGCGCCAAUGCCCUCAGAUCCAUGUGUUCGGCGCCCGUGAGACCACGGCCCCGGCUGGCUAUGGCACGGCUGGUGUUGUUGUCAACCUGGUCCUAGGUGCUUACCCCGGUGCCACAGCUGAGGCCAUCGUCUACCCGGCAUGCGGUGGCCAGUCCCAGUGUGGUGGCGUCCAGUAUGGUGACUCCGCCCGUCAGGGCACCAACGCUGUUGCGUCGGCCGUCAACAGCUUCAACCAGCGCUGCCCGAAUACCCAGAUUGUCCUUGUUGGUUACUCGCAGGGUGGCCAAAUCAUGGACAACGCUGUCUGUGGUGGCCCUGACAGCGGCUCUGGGAUUACCAGCACCACUCCCCCCAUCUCUGCUGCGGCGCUUGGCCAGAUCAAGGCCGUCAUUGAGAUGGGCUCUCCGCGCUUCGUUGCCGGGUUGUCAUACAACGUGGGCACCUGCUCCGCGCAGGGCUUUGCCCCCCGCCCUCGCGGCUACGUCUGCGCGUCCAACUCCGGCUCCAAGAUGAAGAGCUACUGCGAUUCGACCGACCCCUACUGCUGCACAGGCAACGACGCCAACUCGCACCAGCAGUACGGCAGCAAGUACGGCCAGCAGGCUCUCGCGUUUAUCCAGAGCCAGCUCAGCAACAACGGCGGCAACCCCGGUACCCCAACUACGACGGCGGGCGGAUCCACGCCGACCAACGGCGGCGGUGGCGGAACCUGUUCGGCUUUGUAUGGGCAAUGCGGAGGUCAGGGUUGGCAGGGCCCGACUUGCUGCUCCCAGGGAUCGUGCAAGGCGUCGAACCAGUGGUACUCACAAUGUCUGUAG